AUGGAAAGUCUUGAUGAGGCUAUCCAACUCAACGAACAGGCUCUCUCCAUCGUCUCAGAGAGCCAUUGGCUCUGGCAUGAUGCCUUGCUCGACCGUUCAAUCUUAUUAGGCCACAGGUACACUUCGAAAGGGGCACUCGCCGAUCUGAAUGAAUCCAUCUCUCUCGGCGAACAGCUCUUUGGGGAAGCAUCGAAUGAUGACGCACCUAGAUUCCAGGUGUUGCUAAGCAUGGCUAAAAUUCUACAUAACAAGUAUGAAAGGACCGAUUCCUCUCUAGAUCUUGAGAACGCAAUUGAAUUUGCAAAAAGGGCCAUUGAAGAGCUGCGACCUGACGAUUCAUGCAAAAUGUCAUGCUUUACAUUGCUAUCCAAAUUGCUUCUCUCCCAAUCACAGUUAGAAGGCAGUGGAAUAUUCUCACCAGGCCUUGAAACACUUUGA